AUGGAAACGCUACAUCAGCACAUAAUAAAGAUGGAAGAGGACUAUACUUUGGGUUCAGACUCUGACCCAGAUGCUGCUUACAUGGCCAGCUCUUGGAACUGGAAAAACAAUUCUGACAGCUAUUCCUUUAGCCAAACUCCAUCUCCACAGAGCUUGUCUCCUGCUGCCUCCUUUGAGUCCCCCUCCUCUGGUUCCUCACAGCCACCAGGCUUUGAGGAGAUGUCCCUCAACGAGGAGAUGGUGGCCUACAGACUUUUUCCUUAUUCUGCUCAAUGUCAAUAUGAAGCUGCUAAAGGUACAGGAGAACAACCCAGGCGUGAACAUGGUUACAAAGCAUCGAUGACAACUCAACGCAGGAGAAAGGCCAGCGAAAGGGAAAAAAUGAGGAUGAGGGCAAUAGCCGAUGCUCUUCAUACCCUUCGCAGCAACUUACCACCAACCUACAGCCAAGGUAGGCAGCCUCUUACCAAGAUCCAGACCUUGAAGUGCACCAUUUCCUACAUCGAGGAGCUCACAAACAUUCUCAAUAAUACCAAAGGGACAUAUUGA